GUCUCUUCACUCGUUCGGUUGUGUUACUUUUAUUUUGUAAAUUAUUGUGUGAGAUCAUUGUUAUUUGUGUUUAUUAUCUAAUGUAAUUAAGUGUUGGACUCAAAAAUACAAGAUGCCGGUGUUUCACACGAAAAUUAUCGAGAGUAUCUUGGAGCCUGUUGCUCAACAGGUAUCUCGUCUGGUGAUCCUCCAUGAAGAAGCGGAAGAUGGCAACGCGAUGCCGGAUCUGGCGCGGCCAGUGCAGGCCGUGUCCCUCGCCGUCAACAACCUUGUCAAGGUGGGGCACGAAACCAUCGAGUCAUCAGAAGACCAGGUGCUCCGGCACGACAUGCCGGGCGCGCUGCACCGCGUGGAGACCGCCGCCACCCUCCUGCAGCAGGCUUCUGACAUGCUGCGCGCUGACCCUUACUCAGGACCUGCCAGGAAGAAGUUGAUCGAAGGCUCCCGUGGGAUCUUACAAGGGACGUCGGCCUUGCUUCUGUGUUUCGAUGAGUCUGAAGUCCGGAAGAUUGUUAAGGAGUGUAAAAAGGUGCUAGACUACCUCGGUGUGGCAGAGGUCAUCGACACCAUGGAGGACCUGGUGCAGUUCCUCAGGGAUAUCUCUCCCGCGCUCUCCAGGGCUGCUAGAGAGGUAGCUGCCCGAGCGUCAGAGCUGACGCACCCGCCGCACGCCGAGACCCUGAACCGGUGCCUCGAGAGCGUGAAGCAGCUCGCGCCCGUGCUCAUCUGCUCCAUGAAGAUCUACAUACACAUCCUCACUGAAGGUGGCAAAGGUAUGGAAGAAGCCGCAGAAAACAGGAAUUACCUAGCACAAAGGAUGGCUGACGAAAUUCAUGAGAUCAUACGUGUCCUACAACUGACUUCGUACGUGGAAGAUGGUGGUGAGAAAGACAACGUCGCGGUAUUAAAGGCGUUACAACAACAGAUACACGCCAAGAUGGGCGCUGCCCAUGAGUUCCUGAAUGACAGCAGCGCCCAGCGCGCGGGCCCGGGCGAGCGCGCGCUGCGCGGCGUGCUGGCCAGCGCGCAGCGCGCCGCAGAGCAUCUGGCGCCGCAGCCCGCCAGCACCACACGACAUCUGGCACGAUCUGGAGGCAUCAAUGCUGAUCAACUUUGCGAUGAACGACAAUACGGACACGGCAAAGAAGCUAAGGCACUGAACUUGGCGUCAGACCUACGGCAGCAGAUCAACGAGCUGGAGUCCAUCAUCAACGAGGGCGUGCGGGCCGCGGAGAAACAGGGCGGGAGAACCAUGCAGGCGAGAUUGGAGACGGCACACAAGUGGCUGCUGCACCCCGCCGCGGAUCCUGUCACCAGGGUCGAGGGGCAGAAGGCUAUCAACAGCAUCGUCUCCCAAGGACAGAGGAUCGCGGACGGCCUCCAAGGCCGUGAGAAGGCGGAAGUCCUACAGCUGUGCUCCGAGGUCCAGCGCCUGUCUGACCGGCUCGCCGACCUGUGCGCGUCCGGCAAGGGCGACAGCGAGGAGGCCAGGGCUGUCACCAGGGAGCUGACAGACAAGCUGCACGAGCUGAAGCGUGCCACAGAGCGCGCCGUGGUCAACCGCGUGGUGGAGGAGUUCAUAGACGUGGCCGCGCCGCUCAGGCACUUCACUGACGCCGUCAACGCGCCGCUCGGCACCCCCGGGCGCGAGGCCCAGUUCGGCGACAGGGCGGCGGCGCUGGCGGCCUUCAGCCAGCGCGCGGCGGGCGCGGCGGCGCUCGUGGCGGCCGGCGCGGGCCAGCACAAGCGCCUCGCCGACCAGCUCAUACACAACGCGCACCAGGUUGAAAAACUAUCACCACAAUUGAUAGCAGCGGGUAAAAUUCGUCUCUACAAUCCUGAAAGCAAGGUGGCUGAAGAGCAUUUUAACAACUUGAGGACCCAAUACGCGGACGCUGUGCUGCGCGUGCGCGACCUAUGUGACCAGGCUGUCGACCCACUCGACUUCGUACGCACUGCUGGCGAGCUGAUGCAAAAACACACCUACCUGUGUGAAGAUGCCAUCCGUAACAACGACUCCCAGAAAAUGGUUGACAAUACUUCUGCUAUCGCAAGGCUGGCCAACCGCGUGCUGCUGGUGGGCGGCGCGGAGCGGGACAACACCGAGGACGCGGAGUUCGCGCGCGCGCUGUCCGCCGCCCAGCAGCGGCUGCAGGCCGCCAUCCCGCCCGCCGUCCGGCAGGCCAAGGCCGUGGCGCUGGGCGACAGGGCGCAGGCCGCCGCCUGGAGGCCCGCUAAUGCUGAGAUCAUCGCCGCGGCAGGUGACGUGGAAGCGGCCCUGUCGGGUCACUACGCGCCGCCGCCGCCGCCGCCGCUGCUGCCCGAGGCGCUGUCGCGGCUGUCGCUGGGCGCGGGCGCGGGGCCGGGCGCGGGGCCGGGCGCGGCGCCCCCCCGCCCGCCGCCGCCCGCCGGCGCCGCGCCCCCGCCGCGCCCGCCGCCGCCCGCCGACACCGACGACGAGGGGGAGGACAUCUUCAGGAGGCAGCCGCAUCCCAGCCAUCCCAUCUUGGUUGCCGCUCACAACCUGCACAAGGCGGUCCGCGAGUGGUCCUCCAAGGACAACGAGAUCAUCGCGGCCGCCAAGCGCAUGGCCAUCCUCAUGGCCAGGCUGUCCGAGCUCGUACGCUCCGACUCUAAAGGUAGCAAGCGCGAGCUGAUCGCCACGGCGAAGGCGAUCGCGGAGGCCUCGGAGGAGGUGACGCGCCUCGCCAAGAAACUGGCGCUCGAGUGCACCGACAAGAGGAUCAGGACGAAUUUGCUACAAGUAUGCGAGAGGAUCCCGACUAUCGGCACACAGCUUAAGAUCCUGUCCACUGUCAAGGCGACCAUGUUGGGAGCUCAAGGAAGCGAGGAAGACCAGGAAGCGACGGAGAUGUUGGUUGGUAACGCGCAGAACUUGAUGCAGAGUGUAAAGGAAACAGUAAAAGCAGCAGAGGGUGCGUCCAUCAAGAUCCGCACCGAGCAAGGCGGAUACCGCCUGCGCUGGGUGCGUCGCUCCCCCUGGUACCAGAUAUAAGGUCAGCUACAGAGUAGCUAGCGACGGGAACCAGUCACAACUGGUGAGCUGGCGUAGAGUAGGAAGCUAAUAGGGUGUUCAAUAUGACUCUUGUUUAUUUCUAUUUGGACGUUGACGCUGAAAUUGAUCAAGGAUUAUAAGACAAUGAUGGUUGACGUAUAUUUACAGUGCGUCUGAUAUGGUCCAUGCUUAGUGGUGUAGAAAAUUAGUGGAAAUUAAUUAAAUCAUGAAUUUAAUUGAUGACAACUACAGCUGUAGACAAAUCGAAGUAUUCAGAUAACGUGUUAUCUGUGUAACAUUGAAAAAAUCCACAAAGAUCUCCAAUGAUAUUGAAAGAAAUAGUCAUAUUUUGAAGUACAAAAUACACUUUUAAAUAACAUCUUGAACACUCCGUUAGUAAAAUUAACGUAUGUAAUAAUAUACCGUAGCCUUAUAGAUCUAGAGUCGAUCUUCAAAUAUUGUAACUAGAACACAAGUAAUGUUAAUUAUUGUAAAUGACUGCGGAUGUUUUGAAGUUAUCUGAAAUGAGAGCUAGUUUGAUAUGUUUGUGAAAAAUAGGUCAAAUGUGAGUCGGUCUCAAAACACAGAGAAAAAGAUUAGAACUUUAUUUUUUUCAAGAGAAAUAAAUCAUCCGUGAAUAUUUCAACUAACUAACCAUCACACUGCCUUCUGACGGACUUACAUACAUACAGCAGAGCCUCAGUAACGGAAACCCUAUUAUGGUUCCUGUAUUUACACUGUGGGCACAAUAUUUAAUAAGAAAGAGUCUAUUUUCUAUGAUUUUGAAACGUUAAUUACCAUGAUUGUUGAAAAAACAAUACUAUAACUGAAUAAUUGGGUUCAGUUCCAAGAUAGCACGGUCAGUUAGUAAAAUGUAUUAAAUUCUCAAAAAAACAAGAAAUAGCUCCAAUUAAACGUUAACCUACAAAAUGACCGCAGUCUUUUACUCGGCGCACGCGCAACGAUCGACAUAUAAUAAUUUAUGUACAUCUGAGUGAAUGAACUUUGUAAAUCGUAAUUAUGAAUGACAAUUAUACUAAAUAUUUACAAUAUUAUACAUAUAUUAUGUUAGUUAGGUACAGUAUGUAUUGUGUUGUAUGUUUUUGUUAGGUGUUUAGUAUAUAUGAGAUUAUAUUAUAGCAUAUAAAUAUAUAUUUUUAUAUAUAAUGUAGAUAAGUUGAUCAAUGUAAAGUACAGUCAGUCACAAAAGUGUAGAAUUACUCAGGUGCUAAAUAUUCAGGGCUUAUUUGUCAUUUAAAAACAAUGUAAUUUUGACCCCAGUUUAUCGAACUAUUAAUUAAAAAGGACAGGAGAUUCAGAAAUAUACAAGCCCAGGACAAUUUAUACUAAAUACUAAGGUGCAUGUGAUAUACACGGGUGUGUAAAUUCACUUUUAACAUUUUUGUGCUUGACUGUACAUAAAAUCACUAGUUAUUUAUACCCACUUAUACAUAAUCUAGACAACUAAUAGUCUUCUACAUUUAUUAUAUAAUACAACCUUGUAAGUAAAUACGUGUAACCCCGGCAGCUUUUUUUCGUAUUAAAAUGAAAUCUGAGGUUAGUGUUGCCAGCCAACACAAGAGUUUUUCAAUAAUUAUUAAUUUAUGUUUGUACAACGAAAUGUGAGUAAUAAUUGAAUAGUGAUAGAAAAGUGUGAUUCUGAAAGUAAGUGCCAUCUUUGUGCUUUAUAGUAGAUUAGGUCCUAACGCCUUGCAGAUGUAUGGUAACUAAAUAUUUACUAAUAAGGCCUUAAAACCCAUAUCAUGAAUGACCAGCCUUUCUAAACAAGGGAAAUUGUUCAAGCUUUGACCUACAAACAUAUACCUAGUUCCAAGGAUUAACGAUUCGACCCCACGUCAGCCUCUCUAAACAAGUGACCUUUAACAAGUCACGUGACUUAGACCUGUCUACUAUGAAUUUGAGCGUUUUCUAUUGAAGUGAAAAAUUGUUGAAAUGUCGUUUUUUUAUGUGAACUGCUUUUAUGAGAAGUUUAGCAGAGGCCUGUCAAUGUGACUUGGGCUCUACAGUUGCCUAAACUGUAGAGCCCCGGGGUGUUUUGAUUCGGCAAAAGUCCGACAUAUACGCACGCCUUGCCCUCAGCGUGGGUUGAAGUCAUUAGCUUUUCACCAAGAAAAAAGGGCCCUGUCAAGUGACAUAUUGACAUGGAAAUGUAAUUUCUUUACAUUACAUGUCAUUUAAAUGUUUCCGUCACCAUUAACGCUUGUUAAUUUACUUGUUUAAGAGGCUGGUCACUUGUAGCUUGAUGUAGAAAUGGCUUUCAAUAAUUAUAUGAAGGAAAGUAUUUGAUUUUUUCUUUACUUUUUAAUGAAGUACAUAUUUUGUGGAGUUAGAUAUUCCUCUUAAUGCAGGUAAACUUUUAGUAUCUCUUAAUACCUACAUGCCUUAUCCUUUAGCGACAUAAAGAUAUAUAUUUUACAUAAAUACGUAGCUUUAGUCCACUCAAGUAACUGUCAGCGUCCGAUUGUACAAUUAGCUGAUGUAAACUGUGGCCUUAGACGUUAAAUAGCCUUUUACAAAUUAUAGAUUUUUUUGAAUCUAAUACUAAAAUGGAUUUUCUUUUCAAUAAUGUAAAAUCCAUACUCUUAACUGAGGAAUAUGAUUUGUUGGCUUGAAAAUACAAUAUAAGAAAAUUUUGAAAGUAUAGCAAUAAAAGUUGCCCUUUAGAAAAAGGCAAAGACGAUGACCAUACAACCUAAGGCUUAAUUCUCAGUCUGAAACAUCAAAAUCAUUAUGUCAACCAGCUAAGUUGCUGUGAAGCAAAGUAGCCUAAUAUAAGAAUACUAGCUGACCCAGCAAACGUUGUUAUGCCGAAUAUAUUUUUUUCUAGUUGUAUGUAUUUUUAAUGCCACAUU